AUGGCGACGCCCAUGACCUGGCCCAAGUUUGGCCGCAAGCUCCUCUACUCGCAGUUCUUUGAACGGAUUCCGGCCCCGACAAGCGAUUUCUCCGGCCAAACAAUCAUCGUCACCGGCUCCAAUACUGGUCUUGGACUCGAAGCUGCACGUCACCUUUUGCGUCUGAAAGCGUCGAAAGUCAUCUUGGCUGUGCGCAGCGUUGCGAAAGGAGAAGCGGCUGCUGAAGCGCUACUCGAGUCGACCGGCGCAACAAAGAAUAAUAUCCAAGUAUGGCCGCUGGACCUCUCGGAUUACGACUCCAUCAAGAAGCUUUCCGAUCGCGCGAAUGGAUUGGAGAGACUAGAUGCCGUCAUUUCGAAUGCGGGGAUGCUAACCCAGCAGUGGACCAUGGUGAACGGAAUGGAAGCGCACAUCGCGGUCAACGUAGUCCAUACGACAUUGCUGGGCUUGCUGUUGUUGCCGAAGCUGAGAGCCUCUGCGAAGACGCACAAUGCUAGGGGACGAAUUGCCUUUGUGACGUCAGACGCGCAUUAUGUUGCGCAAGUGAACGAGGCAAACGCGUCCGGCUCUCUCUUCAAUGCGCUGAACAACAAGGACAUUGCUCUCAUGGAAGACCGGUAUUCAACGUCGAAACUUUUUCUGCUCUACGCCAUCCGGGAGAUCGCAGCGCGGAGCCCUGUCACGCCAGAGUCGAAUGUCAUACUCGACGUCUUGACGCCAGGCAUGUGCCACAGCAACCUCUUUCGAGACGACAAGCCGUGGUUGCACUCCGUCAUUGAACGCAUCAUGAUGCUCAUUCUUGCUCGGCCGACUGCGACUGGUGGAGCGGCGAUCGUGGAUGCUGUGAGACCUGAUCUUCCGCUAGAAGCCCAUGGAGCAUUCCUGAUGGAUUGCAAGAUUGCAGAGUAA